GGAAUUGGCCAGGGGAAUGAGCUUGUAAACCACUGGCAACAGAAUUUUGCAUGUAGGAGGUGCUAAAUAGAGGCUCACUGAAGAGGAGGCUUCCCUCCCCACAGUCACCACCAUGGCAGUGCUGGUGCUGGGCUCUGUUGUCAGCCAUUUAUGCGCCUCCGUCCACGUAAUCUCCAUGGCAGCCCCACAGGCCGCACUGUUGUGACCACCUCGUUUACAGAAGAGGGAAACCGAGGCACACCAGGCAGCACCUGGGGACCCCAGGGGCAUCUGGCUUUCUGUCCUAACAACAGGAACUAUCAUACUGGAAGUCGGGGGUGCCCCUCGGCCACCCUGGGCCUUGGUUUCCCCCUCUGUGGAACAGGGUAGGAGAAGCGAAGUCACCUGUGAGCAGCACCAGGUACCAGCAGGUAUUCAGAGAAGGCCAGGCCGAGGUUUCAUUGCUGUUUGUCCUGGCCUGGCCUGCUGUUCGUUUCUCCCCUGCACCUGGGGGUUCCAGGACACCGACAGCGACUGGCCCAGCCUCUCAAGUCCCCUCUCCCUCCAGAGCUGCCUGCGGAGGCACUGGCCAUUCCCAGGGGAGGCCAGAGGCGGGGGAAUGACCGCUGGGGUCACCGCUGGGGCCCUGGUGAGUACACUUCGGCCCCCAGCUCUGCAGACCCCGUCCUGGGGUCCCUGCCAGGCUUGUGCUUUCUCAGGGCCUUUGCCCUUGCCGUGCCCCCUGCCAGGAGUGUGCUUAGGCCAACUCCUUGUCCGUCUCCAGAUCUCAAACAUCACCUCCUCCGAGAGGCCCCCCCGAUUCCCCCAACCUGCCCCGGGCUGCCCUGGCAGAGGCUGCCUGUUGAUCCCACUGACAAUGGGCUUUCUCAGCACAGAGUUCCAGCCCACACCCCAGGCUCACCGUGUUCAUCUGAUCGCUUGACAAACACGAGAGCUCUGGGGGACGCAGGAGAAGGUGGGGGCGGGGUAUGGAACUCCCUGUGGGGCUCAAGGUCCAUGCAGGGUGACAGAGGAUGGAGCAUAUGAGGACAAGCCAAGGCCUGGAAGGGGUGGACUGGGGGCCGGCACAACCAGACCAGGACUUUGGGGGAGCCCCCCUGGAGGAAGUGACCUGCAGGCGGGGUGGGAGCCGGGCGAGGCCCGUGAGGAGUGUCCCAGGCAGUGGGAGGUGCACGCACACACCCCAGGUGGGCACUCCCCGGGAACGACAAGCCCCCGCGUGCGGCAGGAGGGCUGAGGACGAGGUCACCAGGGCCGGGCCAGGCUCCGGAGGUCCCAGCCCCCUGGGGCUUCCUGGGCCCCUCCGGCCACGGCCACCCUCACUCGACGCCUGGCCUCACUGAGGACACUCGUGUGUGACGUUUCAGGAGCAGCUGACCUUCGAGGACGUGGCCGUGGACUUCACGCGGGAGGCGUGGGGGCAGCUGGGUCCUGCCCAGAGAACGCUGCACCGUGAUGUGACGCUGGAGACCCUGCGGCUCCUGGUCUCCCUGGGCUUGGACAUUAGACCUGAAAACAAGCUGUCAGUUCCAAGGCGAGGCAAUGUCUGGGUAGAACACCUCCUGUGGGAGUGGGACGGCCUGUGGAUCUCCAGGGGUGAAGACGCCAGGGGCCACGGGGAGCAGAGUCGUGACAGUGUAGACAGCUGAGUGGUGCAGGCAACCUGCACUCAGGAGCAGCAGCAGGGGAACAGGUUUGGAGAAAACUGGGGUCUGAGCCCCCAUCUCCCAACUCACCCGAUGACUCCUGAAAGCCAAGGCCCCCGUGUGUGGGGGACACACAGAAAGAGACAGAGACCAGGCUUGAACAUAAAUGCACAACAAAAAACCCAUGGGGACAGGAAGCCUUACAAAUGUCAGGAAUGUGGAAGGGCCUUUGGUCAUAGCUCAGCACUCAUCGAACACCACCGAACACACACAGGAGAGAGACCGUAUGAGUGUCUCGAGUGUGGGAAAGGCUUCCGAAACAGCUCAGCACUUACCAAACACCAGCGAAUCCACACCGGGGAGAAGCCCUAUAAGUGCAGUCAGUGUGGGAGGCCCUUCAACCAGAUCGCCCCGCUGAUCCAGCACCAGAGGACGCACACGGGCGAGAAGCCCUAUGAGUGCGGCGAGUGUGGGAAAUCCUUCAGUUUUCGGUCCUCCUUCAGCCAGCACGAGCGCACGCACACAGGCGAGAAGCCCUACGAGUGCAGCCAGUGCGGGAAGGCCUUCCGGCAGAGCAUCCACCUCACCCAGCACCUGCGGGUCCACACCGGGGAGAAGCCCUAUCAGUGUGGAGAGUGUGGCAAGGCCUUCAGCCACAGCUCGUCCUUGACCAAACACCAGCGAAUCCACACCGGGGAGAAGCCCUAUGAGUGCCAUGCAUGUGGGAAGGCCUUCACCCAGAUCACGCCGCUGAUUCAGCACCAGCGGACCCACACGGGUGAGAAGCCAUAUGAGUGCAACGAGUGCGGGAAGGCCUUCAGCCAGAGCACCUUGCUGACCGAGCAUCGCAGGAUCCACACUGGCGAGAAGCCCUAUGGCUGCAACGAGUGUGGGAAAACCUUCAGUCACAGCUCGUCGCUCAGCCAGCAUGAGCGGACACACACGGGCGAGAAGCCGUACGAGUGCAGCCAGUGUGGGAAGGCCUUCCGGCAGAGCACACACCUCACCCAGCACCAGAGGAUCCACACCGGGGAGAAGCCCUACGAGUGUCAGGACUGUGGAAAGGCCUUCAGCCACAGCUCAUCCCUCACCAAGCAUCAGCGCAUCCACACCGGGGAGAAGCCCUACGAGUGUCAGGAGUGCAGCCGAGCCUUCAGCCAGCUUGCCCCCCUUGUUCAGCACCAGCGGAUCCACACGGGCGAGAAGCCCUAUGAGUGCCACGCAUGUGGCAGGGCCUUCAGCCAGAGCUCCCUUCUCAUAGAGCACCAGAGAAUUCACACCAAGGAGAAGCCCUACGGAUGCAGUGAGUGUGGGAAGUCCUUCAGCCACAGCUCAUCACUCAGCCAGCACCAGAGGACCCACACCGGGGAAAAGCCCUAUGAAUGUCAGGAUUGUGGAAAGUCCUUCCGGCAGAGCACUCACCUCACUCAGCACCGGAGGAUCCACACAGGAGAGAAGCCGUAUGAGUGCGGGGACUGUGGGAAAGCCUUCACACACAGCUCCUCCCUCACCAAGCACCAGAGAACUCACACUGGGUAGACUGUUCCCCAUGAGUGCUGCGGACUUGGGAAAGCCUUAAGCCAUAGCUCAUCCCUGACUGGACUUGACCCAGUCAUACUGGUGAGAAACAACACAAACACAUUUAUACACAAGUCUCUGCAUACUGUGCACCCUUCAGUCACCCUCAGGUUGUGGGAAUGCUGAGCUCUUGGGAAGUCCAUCCCCAGAUAUCAGAUCAUCCAGACAGUAGAGAAACAUGGAGAUAAUCAAUGUUGAGAUCCUUUAGCCACACACAGCAACCAAUAGAACCUAUAAAAGAGAGAAACAGAACCAGUGGGGAUGGUUUCUGUGCAAGGGUUCACGUAUUCCAAAGCAGAGCUUUCAGAGUGGUGAGAAACCCAACAGAUGCCUUUCAUAUAAAAGAACCAAACAAAGUCAGAAUUUAUCAUACUGCACAUCACAGCGCUUAUAAAUGGUGCAAGUUGAUUCUGAUUUUACCAGAAAUCAAUAUGGUGGUGUGCAUUCCAGAACAGAGAGUGUCAUAAGAAAUCACCACCAAAAUUCAACUGUCUCAGUACAGAGCUUUCUGAUUUGUGUGUAAAUUGUUUGAUCAGGGUACAUGGCAACUAUUCUUAGAUGUUUGAAGCCCAUAUGAUAAGUACAGUAAACAUUUCUAGUUUGUCAUUUCUGCAUUAUUUUACAAUAAAUUAAUCUUUAUAUGCAAUGCAAUUGAAAAGGUCUGUAUGGGAAAACUUGAGGAAAUGUGGAGCCACUUCCAUGGAGUCUCUCAGAUUCUGGGGUGACUUUUGCUGUGUUGUUCUCCAAUAAAUUUCUCCACAGGAUGUAUGGGCAUAAGCAACGCAGAUGUUGUUGUUUUACAGAAAGGGAAGGAUGUUUCCUUUGUUAAGCCACAUCUCAUAAGCAAUAGCGGCUCCACGGUGGAACCUUAUUUUUCACAAGAUUUGUCUGUUCUAUGAAAUGUACAAGGUAGUCUUUUUUUGAACUGUUUUUCCAUCAGUUCUUCAUCCUGGUGUUUUAAUAAACAUUUGUUUUUACACAAUUUAACUUGAAGGCCCAAUGUAGUUAAUUGAACCCUCAAUCCAUAUACAAAAAACACAUGUGGACAGGUGUGUGCAAACACACACGUAGGUGCCAGUAUCACAGCACCAGCCCAUCCCCACAGGCUUCCUCCAGGCCUGUCCCCCAUUCCUGCCAACCAGGACCUGUAAACCACAGCUCCCACCUUCAUUAGAACCCAGAGUUAAGUUACACUGGCUCUUUUUGAUCAUCAACCAUAAGUUGUGAUUGUAUCAAUUUGGUUUUCCUAAUAAAAUUUAAAUUUACAGGGAACUUGAAAUCUCUCUUGAGGGUACCAAGGUGCAGAUAGCUUUUGAAUACUCUCCUUUGUAUGCUUGUGGAACACCGCCUCUUUUUGGAAUUAAUUUCAGAGACCAUACAAAAGGCACUUAAGAAAAUCAGGGUUAAAGGUGCAAAGCAGCACUGUCCAAUAGAAACAUAACGC